AUGGAGUUGAAGGUCUGGGUCGAGGGAAUACAAAGGAUAGUUUGUGGGGUGACGGAAACUACAACCUGUCAGGAUGUAGUUUUUGCUCUGGCGCAUGCCACUGGCAAAGUUGGCAGAUUCACAUUGAUAGAGCGAUGGAGAAAUAACGAGAGACUGUUGGCUCCACAAGAAUAUCCUUUAAAGAUUCUGAUGAAAUGGGGUGAAUACUCUAAUGAUAUACAAUUUAUAUUAAGAAGAUCUGAUAACAGCAGCAACCAAAAACCUUUACAACCUACCGCUAACUCUAGAUCUCCCAUCGGAAAUGGGAAUAACACAGAUAAACAAAGCUCACCGAGCCAAGCAAAUACUCCGGUUAACAAUGUAAAUACUCCCAAUCCAGUGGGUGUAGUGAAGGGUGUUCAACAAAAGUCACCUGACUCAAAUAGUCCUGUACUUAAAGGUGUACCGCCUUAUAGGGAUCCCCCACCUCCUUACCGGUCACCACCGCCACCAGCUCUUCGUAAGUCACCAAACGCUCGUCACAUGUCACCAGUUAAUAACGAGGAAGAACAAACUCCUGAGGCAGUCAGCUAUAAUAGCCAGUAUAGAGAAUUAGUGUCACUCGUUAACUAUCAGAGAGAAAAGUUAACUGCACAACAGGUGGAUCUAAUCAAGUAUGACGCUGAAAUAGGUUUUUGGGAGAAUAAAGGAAGAGAACAGGAUCGGCAAGUAGAAUUGUUGCAGCAACAAAUAAGUUCAGCCGAUAAUCAACUUAGAUUGAGUGCUGAACAGGUGCAAGCAUUAAAUUAUGUGGAAGAGGAAAGCGAAAUUGUUAAACAGAAUGAAAAAACACUCAAAUCAGAAAUAGUGCUAGUGCGAUCAAAGUUGGCGAAUUGUGAGACUGAACUGUUGCAAUGUAAGAACAAAAUAAGAAAAAUCAUGGAAGAAAUACAUAAUGAACAGCGUGUUAUUAAUUCUCGUCAGCAAGAGAACAGACAGGCCUUAGAACGUUCAAUGUUAGCAGAAAUGGAAAAUCUGCAAACACAAAUUCAACAAGCCAAACAUGCAACUGAAAUUAAUCAUCUAACUGCUGAAAAUUUAAAAAGAGAGGUUGGUGUGUUGGAGAAUGCUAUAAUGGAGAAGAAACGCCAGGUUGAGAGGCUAGUGCAGGAAAUGAAAGAAGCAAAUCUGCAGAGUCUAACGGGCAGUGUCGAUGAACUCAGACAUCCACUUGAUGGUUUAUGUAAAGCUGGAAGUGCAAGGAGAAUAAUAGGUUCACCAAGACAGCUAGAAAAUGCUGCACCAACUAACAAAAAUCCACAUGGUGUUUGGGUUUGA